ACAUCGAAAAAUGCUAGCGUCAAACUUUAAUACAACCACAUUACGAGGAUUCUGCGAUAUAUUUAUAAAACAUGUUUCAGUAUUUAUGGGGGAAAUAGAAUAUAUGUUAAAUGACGAAGUAGAUUUAUUACAUCAUAUAACAAAGUGUGCGAUUGACAUGAUUUGCGAUAUUACGUUGAAUUUCGAUACGAGAUCACAAUUAAAGGAAAAUGUGUCGUAUGUUAAUAUAAUGAAAAGAUUAGCAGAAAUAUGCGGGUACAGAAUGCAAAAUAUGUUUUUAUAUUCUGAUAUUAUAUUUAAUUUUACACUUCUAAGCCGCGAACAACAGAGGCUUUUAAAUGUUGCAUAUUCUUUUGUGGAAGAGGUAAUACAACAAAAGGAAAACGCGAAAAAUAAUUUAGUUGGAAAUAAAAACCAAUCCGCUAAACCUUCAAGAAAAUUAUAUCUUGAUAUACUAAUGGAAGCAUCUGACGACGGCAAGAAAUUAAAUCGAAAAGAAAUUAUAGAUGAAAUCCUUACGAUUAUUGGUACCGGUUCCGACACAAUCGCAAAUACAUUAAAUUUUCUGAUGUUCAUGUUAGCAAAUUUCCAAGAAGUACAACAAAAAGUAUACGAGGAGCUGUUGGAAAUUUAUGGUACGCAAGAUCCAAAAUCCGCGCCCGUCAAGUUCGAAGAUUUACAGCAUAUGAAAUAUAUGGAGUGUGUUAUUAAGGAAACAUUGAGACUCUUCCCCGUUGCGCCUCUAAUAGGACGGCAACUUAAUGCAGAUUUACAAAUAGGAGAAUAUACUUUACCGAAAGGAGCUGAAGUUUUAAUAACAAUAUUAGACAUGCAUCGCAAUGAAAAGUAUUGGCCGAAAGCGUUGAUAUUCGAUCCAGACAGAUUUCUUCCGCAGAAUAUUGCAACUAUUCAUCCAAAUAGUUAUAUACCGUUUAGUUACGGUCCAAGGAACUGUUUAGGUAUAAAGUAUGCAAUGUUUUCUAUGAAAAUCUUCAUAGCAACAUUUUUGCGAACAUACAUAUUAAAGAUCGAUAAGAUGGUUAAAAUAGAAGAAAUAGAAGUGAAGCUAGCUGUUGUGUUAGAGCCCGUCAAUUCUUUGAAAGUCAGAAUUGAAAAAAGGAUGUGACAAUAUAACAUUAUAAUAAUAUACUAACAGAGGAAAUGGAUAUUUUUAUUAAUAUAAUUAGUGUAGGAAACAUUUAUUGUUACUUUUAACUUAAUUUGUACGUUUUGUAUAGAAUACUAUAAUAUAUGUAAUCAAGGCAAAAUUAAUAAUAUGUAUAAUAAAGACAAAAAUUUGUCUUCUUUAAAGGGAGAUAUAUUUUCCGAAUUUUAAACUUUAUUUUUUAUUUUUAAGAACUAACCUAUUUGCAAUAUGUACCACAAGACUUUCCAAAGUGUUACAACUAGUUGCCAGGAAAAUAAUUAUUUAAAUUAGUUCUACGACAAAGAUAAAAAUUUGUCUUUUUUAAAGGAAGAUAUGUUUUUUAAAUUUCAGCAACUCCAUCUACCACAAUGAUAAAUCACAUAAUAAACGUAUUUGAAUUGUGAUAUACCGAUAUAUCAUUUAUAAUUUGCCGUAUAUUUAUCAUUACGAUAAAUAUAAAUAAAUAACAAAUUAAAAUAAUUAAUUUAUAGUAUUAUGUAUAACAUUACAAACCAUCGGCGCAACAAAAAUUUAAAGACUAAAUAGUUGCUUUAUAUAUAACUGACUAGUUAGGUUAACAUAUAUAGCGCGAAAGAUUAAUAUAAAAAAACGAAGUUUAUUCUUGAUACAGUGUGCGAACUAAAAUGAAAAUGGAAGAAUCAUCAACUUGCAAUAUAACUUAGAUAAGAGAAUAAUGUAGUGUGUAUAUAGAGUUUCUUAGAACAAUCGUGCUAACGCUUUUGAGAACGUAGAAUAAAUUGAGGUAAUCAAAAAAUUCUAAUAUCAUUUUGUUAUAUUCAUAAUAAAAAGAGAAAAAGGCUUUUAACGCAAGUGUAAGCGAUUUAAAAGUGAAAAACUACCAGAACAACCAGAAGAAUGCAAGUGCUUGGAACGGGUACUCCAAAUUGGAACAACUCCAAAUAAAUAUUGCAUAAUUUGAUGGAUAAAACUUUUUUGAAACUAAAAUGUAAUUUUAUCAUCAAACAUACAUUGUUUUGUUAACUAUGUCUUAUUAAUGAUUUUCUGGUUUUCUUGUUCUAUUUAUU